AUGGAAUCUUCUGUUGAUAAAUCACUAUUUAUUUAUGUCAAGGAUGGCUUACAACUAUUUGUUCUUGUGUACGUUGAUGAUAUUAUUAUCACAGGAUCAAAUAAAGAAGCCAUUACUCGAUUUAUUGCUCAACUUGGUACUAAGUUUCAUCUCAAGGACCUUGGUAGUCUGAACUAUUUCCUUGGAGUUCAGGCUUCUCGUGACUCUAAUGGACUUCAUUUGAGACAAAGCAAGCAUAUUCUUGAUCUCUUACAUAAAACUGGAAUGGCUGGAGCUAAGCCUAUCUCAUCUCCAUCAACUUUUGGGAAGAAACUGACAGCUUUUGAUGGUGAUUUACUUCCUGAUCCAAGUCAAUAUCGUAUGGCAGUUGGUGCACUUCAAUAUUGCACUAUCUCAAGGCCCGACAUUGCUUACAUUAUAAACCAAUUAUGUCAGUUCAUGCACAGCCCACAUGAAGGCCAUUGGACAUCACUAAAACGAGUUCUAAGAUAUCUUAAGGGUACAAUUGACUAUGGUCUCUAUUAUACUCCUUCAGUCACAGAAUUACAUGCUUUUUGUGAUUUUGAUUGGGCAGGCAAUCCAGAUGAUCGAAGAAGCAGUAGUGGCUAUGGUAUUUUUCUUAGCAACAACUUGAUUUCAUGGAGUGCAAAGAAGCAAAGUGUUGUUUCUCGUUCAAGCACUGAAGCCGAGUACAGAUCACUUGCAUUAGUCACGGCAAAACUCUAUUGGAUGAUAAUGCUUUUCAAAGAAUUAAAUAUUACUCUACCAAAAUGUCCAAUUAUUUGGUUUGAUAAUAUUGGAGCAUUUGCUUUAGCCUCAAAUCUGGUCUUCCAUGCUCGAACAAAGCAUAUAGAAGUGGAUUAUCAUUUCUUAAGAGAAAAAGUCCUCAACAAGGAUAUUCAAGUUAAACACAUCUCAAUAGCCAACCAAAUUGCUGAUGUUUUUACUAAGGGUCAGACUGCUAUGAGAUUUAAAUUUUUGAGGUCCAAACUGAUGAUUUGGCUCCUCCCCAUCAGUUUGCAAGGGGGUGUUAGACUCAAUACAACUGAAGAUUUAUCUCAAGAUCUUACUUAA